UGAGGUGCGGCGACGCUUGCGCAUUCAUUGUCACGGUCGUGAGGCGCAGACGCGGCAGUCUACUUCCAAGCGUUGACACGGACGGUCGUCGCGAACCGGCAUUUGUGGUACAAAACUAGUGAAACAGUGUCAAUAGUGCGACCUUUAUAAAUCAAAGUUUAAAUUUAGAACGUUCCACUGCUGCUCAAAAAUAAUACAAGAUGAAGUCACUAGCAGUGUUCCUGUGCCUCGCGUUAUGCAUAAUCGCCAUCCACGCCCGGCAUUACAACGAUCGAAUCGAAAACGAAAAACGCGACGACGAACUAACGGACAAUGUUGAAUCCACCAAAGAUUACCGAGGGCAGACGCGCCACAGGAGAAAGCGCUGGCAAAUGAACUAUGGGUACGACUACCCACCACCGCCUAAUCCCUAUUACCCCGACCGAAGGGACUACGACCGCAAUCAGGAACUUAUACCCCAAAUCUGGAGGUUGUUGGACGAGAUAUCGACUUACGUGCGGCGACCUGCGUACCCGCCCGCGCCUAUUUAUGUCCCAUAUCCGGUACCUUACCCGGUUCCCCAAAACUGUACAUGUAACGUCCAAAUGGCACCUACUCCGAACGUCACAAAGCGGUUCCCAGAUAUGGACGAUAUUAACCAGAAUUGGGGCAUAGCUGAAACCAAUGAAGAAGAGGAUGUGGCAGAUGAGGAUGGCAAUGAUGGCACGAGACCGAUCUCCUUUGACCCUAUCAAACCGAAGACACCCAUGUUGAGGCCUCAGCCUGAAGUGGAACAUGGCAGCAAUCAAGCUAACGUCAAACAAGAACGAGUACCUAUGGGUAACGGAGGUACGAGUAAGACUACAAACGCUUGCAAUGCUGCCAUCCUGUUGUGCUGCAGCGAAAAACAGCAAAAGGCUUGCUUCACGAGACAAGGGUGCAGCAUGACCUUCGCUCGAGGAAACGCCUGCACUCCACAGUCCAUCGCAGCCGCCAUAGACUCCUACAGAAACGCUUACACGUCUCUAUGAGCCCAAGGCUCUAGCGAUGAAGGUUGAAGCCUGAUCAGUAUUCUUAUCUUAGUUCGUUGAGAUUUAACCAAAAUUCAAACUUUGUAUUUAUGAAUGAAAGUAACACUCUUUAGUGAUGACGAGGGUGACCUCUUUUGAAGUAAAAAAACUAGCUCGUCUUUUUCUAACGGUUACAUAAUACGCCAGAGAAUGACGAGUGAAGAUUUUGCGCGGAUUUUUAAAUCUCAAACGGCGCAGUAGCGGAUUCUCUUGUUUUUUUCUGGUCGACUCCUCAGGGCGAGUGAUGCGUAACAUCCCGCCGAGUACGGUCGUUUACCUCGUCUGAAUCCAGCUGGGCUUUAAGAGACCUUAUUGAGCCAUUUUUUACCUUUUAAGUGCACGAACUUACAGUUCAUUAUUGUUUUCGCCAAAACAAUGCAAUUGUAUGACUUUCGUGAUUCUCUAUUUACUCAGCGACGUAUAGUUUAAUUGAAAACAGAGCCAUUUGCCUUAAAGUAAUACUUGUAGUAUUUUUAUGUACUUAGUUUUAACUUUCUCGUCUUGAUGCCAUAUCAUGAUUGUUCCUUGUUGUAUACCUUGAUGUUUUUUGUUGAACCGUUUCGCACUACGCCAAAUUUUGAUGAUAAUACACGGAAUCCUUGAGUGGUGUGUGGAAAGACAUUGACCUCGAAAUGCCUGGUUUUUGUGUGACCAUAAUAGGCGAUGAUACGUCAUAGUGCGAUCAGGGUCGGCAGACAAAUGUACGCAUUUAAACUACGUGUGUAGGAGACAAACUUUGAGCCACAUCAAAAUAGUAGUAUGUACCUCCUAUAUUAUAUUUCAUUUGUUCUAGGGUCUGUUUUUGGACCACCGUUUCUCGAUUUGAAAAAUAACCCUGUAACAAGUGAACUAUAAUCUAAAAUUAGAUAUUAAGUGUUCCUAGUCUGUAUUUGUAUUAAUGUAUGUAUGUCUAAUA